AUACACACAAUUUAUCUUCCAUCUUCUCCAUUGUUUACGUCCCAUGAGCAAACCGAUUUUCUUUAUCCCCUUCUCCUAUAAUCUAAAAUUUCUUGUCUCGCAGUGUGCUAUUCUCUGCAAGCAGUGAAGCCGAACUCAGAAAAGGAUUUUGUGUCGAAUCAAAAUGCUUCCUCCAUUUAUUAGAGAGCCCGACAACGAGACACCCUCAUACGGUAUGAACGUUGUCCAUUCAUGAUCACUAGUUUCCCUUCAUUAAUUUUGUUGCUUCAUGGAAUUAAAAAUUGGAACUUUAUUGGAAUGUGAAAUGGGAAAAGACCUUCAACACUGUGAGGAUAAUUCUUAGGGAUUUAUAGGUAUUCCGCUGAAAUUACAAGAUAUUGGUUUGAAAGUUGAAAUUUCUAUGGCUUUGAUUGGGUUUUGAGAAUUAUAUGAUGUACAGUCCAUUAUUGCCCUAAGUUGAUCAGUGUACAUUUCUUCAUUUCCAUAUCACCUUUCGCUGUUCAUUCCCUUAUCUCCAUAUUCUUUUGCAUGUAGGAGCAAAUUUAGACUACUUCAUUGUUGAAUUGCAUCAUGAAGAGCACUUUUAUGCUAAGCUAAACAAUCUAACAUAUGAACAUGGAUUUGUGCUUUUCUACGAUUUCUUCCAUGUCUUAUUAUUUAUGAAAGAUAAUUUGACAAAGUUUUUAAGUGCAGUUGGUAAUGAUUUGAUGUUGCAGUUUAACUAAAAAGAACAAAAAAUGAGUUUAGGGAAGGGAUUGACUAGAUUGGAGAAUGAGAAGGGUAUUAAAGAAAUGCUUCGGUAUAGAGAUGUGCAUCUAGUAGUGUAGAUAUAUGUUGUAAUCCAUUGCAAUUGCAUGCAUUGCCAUUGCAUGCAUCGAUCUAAUAAGUUAAAAUGCAAUGCGAUGAAACACAAACAUUUGAAUGUUGUUACGUACCUUCUGUGGAAGAAAACAAGAGUGAGGAGCCUGAAAUUGAUUGGUCAGGUCAGUUUUUUCACGAGAAUGCUAAAGAAUUGUGGUCAGAUUACGAGGAAACCCUACAAUACCAUCAUGAAGAAGAUCAAAAUAUGGGUGAUAUAGCUGUUGAAGAAGAUGAAGUCAAUGUUGAAACUCAUAAUGAUGACAAACGAAGUAGGGGAGAUGAGGUUGAAGGUUUGGUGGAAUCUAAUUACAAGAUGGAGGAUCAACCAGUGUCUAAUGCUGAAAUUGAGAAUAAUAGGGUUAAUUUUUAUUUUGGAUUUGGAGACAACUUCAGCAGACUUAACUAUUCUAGGGAUGAGAGCAACCUAAACUCGAACAUGUCAAAAAUAUGGUGAACCAGGACAAAUAGGAGGACCUGUAAAGGGACACCACCACCAUCAAGUAACUAGGGACAGCCUAUUCACUUUCUUUUCUUUUUUUGUUGUUGAAUACAGUUGUAGUGCCAACCUGAAAAGGUUGUUCAAUUGUAAGUUUCUUUUGUUCAUGUAUCUAAAUGGUCAACAGUAUAACGGUCGA